GUACAAUUAAAUGAAUUUAUCUGUUUGUACUUAGCAACACUUCAACUUAUAACAUAAAUUGUAUCUGUUGAAGAGAUACCGUGUCAAUUUGGAUUUACAUAAUUAUCAUUUUAGGCUCGGGUUGUCGGGGGUUUUUGCAAUAAAUACCGAUGUUAACGUGCGCGGCAACAACGAUAUAAGAUCUUGUAGUUGACGAGGAAGCUAUUCUACUGCUCAAGAUAUACAUUAUAUUUACAAGCUUUAGUUUGCACAGUUGUGGAAGUUUGAAAACAUAAAAAUGGAGAUCAACUUUAAGGGAAAACGUGCACUGGUUACCGGUGGUGGACGAGGAAUUGGUAAAUCUAUUGCGCAAGCUUUAUUAAAAUGUGGAGCAGAAGUGAUUAUCUUGGAAAAAAUAGAGGCGGAUUUGCAGAAAUUCAAAGAAGAGGAACCAAGCAUAAUUCCAGUACCAUGUGAUUUGAGUGACUGGGAAGGGACAAGAAAGGCGGUUGAAGGUGUUGGACCCGUGCAUCUUCUGGUAAACAGUGCUGGUGUCGCUGCCAUCACGCCUUUCUUGGAUGUUAAAAAGAGUGAAUUAGACUG